GUUUUUUUUUCCACAUCUGCCAGUCAUCUUUUUGUUGUCGCUUCGCAAAUUCGCAUUUAAAACAAAAAAUAUAGCGUAAUGUCCGUACGCGUGAUCAACGACGAGUCCCACUUCCAAGCGGAACUGGCGCAGGCUGGCGUGCGCCUUGUGGUCGUGGACUUCACAGCUACAUGGUGCGGUCCUUGCCAGCGGAUCGCUCCCAUUUUCGAAAUGUUCCCUAACAAGUAUCCCAAGGCGAUCUUCCUGAAGGUGGACGUGGACAAGUGCCAGGACACGGCCGCCGGUCAGGGCGUGUCAGCAAUGCCCACGUUCAUCUUCUACAGGAACAGGACCAAGAUCGACCGUAUCCAGGGAGCGGACAUCAACGGCUUGGAAGCGAAGAUCCAGGAGCACAUUGGCACUGGGACUGGCGAAGAAGCGGGCGAAGACUACGGACAGGGACUGAUGGAGCUGAACACAUUUAUCUCGAAGCAGGAGUGCGAGUGCCUCAACGAAUCCGACGAUCACAGCCUGAAGCACGCCCUUGCCUCUGCCGGCGGCUAUCUGCAGUCCGACUGCGACGAGCAACUGAUCAUGUCCAUCACCUUCAACCAGGCUGUGAAGAUCCACUCGCUGAAGUUCAAGGCGCCAUCGCAACUGGGCCCCAAGGAUGUCAAACUAUUCAUUAACCAGCCACGCACCAUAGACUUUGACAUGGCCGAGUCCAUGACCAGUGUGCAGGAUCUCAGCCUGGCUGAGAAGGAAUUGGAGAACGGAGUGCCCGUGAAUCUGCGCUAUGUGAAGUUCCAGAACGUGCAGAACAUCCAGAUCUUUGUAAAGAACAAUCAGUCCGGCGGCGAUGUGACGCAGAUUGACUACAUCGGCUUCAUCGGCUCCCCUAUUAUGACCACCAAGAUGAACGACUUCAAGCGGGUUGCCGGCAAGAAGGGUGAGAGCCACUAGGACAGAGAAUACCCAAGGCCGUUUCCCAUGAAAAUUUCAGCGUUGUCCCAGCAAUCUUCUCUUCAACUUUCGACUUAAAACUAAGCAAUGUACAACAAAAAUACAUAAAGAAUUAUAC